GUUCGGCGCAAAAAUUCAAACACCGGACAGGAAGCAGACCACGGCUCACUCACUCUGCUGUAUUAUAACUUCUAAGGCAUCUAAUUAAGACUCCGUCGGAUUUUGGAAAAUUCGAGAUGAGUGCAGCCUCCACACCCGUCUCUCGGGUACGACCAGGAUGGAUGUCAUCCUCUUUGAAGAAUAAGGGUCUGUCCCCUGCAGCCAGCAGCACUCCUCUGCUGUCAGCUUUCCCUGGAAAUGAUGAUGAGCAGGAGCGACGUCAGCGCAGGAGGUCAAGAGUCAUUGACCUUCAAGCUGCCAAUGAUUCCUCCUUCAAUGACUCUGCAUCUCACAGCACUGUGGGGACUCCUGCUGCUGUGCCCAAGCUGUCAAAUGCACAGAUCACAGAGCAUUACUCCACCUGCAUAAAACUCUCCACUGAGAAUAAAAUCACCACCAAAAAUGCAUUUGGACUGCAUCUGAUUGAUUAUAUGGCUGAUAUUCUCAAACAAAAGGAUUCAGAGCUCACUAACUUCAAGGUGGCAGCCGGCACUCUGGAUGCCAGUACAAAGAUCUAUGCUGUGAGGGUGGAUGCCGUUCAUGCCGAUGCCUACAGGGUGCUGGGUGGUCUGGGUGCUGAAACCAAACCUGGAGAGGACCAUGGUGCAAAAGAAGAAGACGAAGAUGACGCAGGACUUGGGGGUGAAGUCACUGCCAAGCAGCCAAAGAAGAAGAGGCCUCCCAAGAAGACAGUAGAGCAGAACCUGAGCAACAUCAACAGUGCCGAGUCUGAGAGGAGAUGUGAGGUGGACCCCAUGUUUCAGCGGAUGGCAUCGUCCUUCGAUGAAAGCAGCACAGCAGGUGUCUUCCUGUCAGUUCUGUUCAGUGAGAACAGUCGCUGCGAGCUGCUCUUUCCAUCGUACAUGACCCUCCUGCAGUCGAAACCUGCUGACUCUCCCCCACCUCCACAGGGAGUCUCAGCAUCCCCAUUCAUGGCCGGACUGCAGCGUUCCCAGGAGAAAAGUUCCAUCUGCCCCUCAUUGCAGGACUUCUCCUUUACCAGCUGGAACCCUGAGCAGACCAUGAAUCAGCUCUUAGACAAGAUGAAGCAGGGCGAACACGCGUUUGACGUGAACAAUGAGCCUGAGCCCGACCCUGAGCCAGAGGAGGAUGACUGCCCUGACUUUGAUGCUGACUAUGAGGAGGGAGUAGGAGACUGUGAGGAUGGAUCAAAGGAACACAAGGAGGGCUGUGAGCCCUCUGGCUCCGGCAAAAGAAAGGACGUGAUUCCCAUUGGAGAGGGAGACAUCGCCACUAUGUGUUUGCAGCUGUCCUCUCAGCCCAGGGAGUAUUCAUACUUUAGCCCCAGGACCAUGGCCACGUGGGCUGGACCUGGCUACUGGCAGUUCAAACCAAAGCACAAGCUGGAUCAUUUGCCUGACAAGGAGUCGCGUAAAAGGAAGCCCAAAAAGACCUUUGAAAUAGACUUCAGUGAUGAUGUCAACUUUGAUACCUACUUCCGCACCACAAGGGCUGCCACCACAAACAGCAAGUCUGCCCUCAGUGCCAGCAAUAAAAAAACAACUCUACCAGCAGAUUUCCAGUUUCCCCCAGAGACGCUCUCCCAGCUUAGCCUCAAACCGUCCAGCACAUUAAGUAAAGAAGGCCAGAGGAGACUGUCUGGAGAGCUUGGAGAAGGCAUCGGAGAUUAUGACUACAACAACGCCAACGACACAGCCAACUUCUGUCCAGGUCUACAGGGAGGUGACAGUGAUGAUGACGUUGAAGGGUUUGCUGGGUCAGAUGACACACAGCCUUCAAGUGACAGUAUACCUCUGCCCUCACAAGAUCUCGAGGGCGUGUCCACCUAUGGGGAGGAGGAUUUGGUACCUGAGCCACACAGGGUCAACAAGAUUGAAAUCAACUAUGCCAAGACAGCAAAGAAAAUGGACAUGAAGAGACUCAAGAACAGCAUGUGGACUCUUCUGACUGAGAGCCCAGAAAAACCCGCAGAGGUGGUGGAGACUGUGGAGAAACCCGAAGUAUGCGGGGACAAAGUGUUCAGUCAGACUACAAAGACUUUGCUUCAAAGGUUGCCAAACACCAUGGCUCACAACCUGUCAGUGGCGCUCGCAUUUGUUGCUUUGCUUCAUCUCGCCAAUGAAAAGAAUUUGGAGCUGGUGAAGGUUGAUGACAUGUCAGAUAUCAUCAUCAGACAGGACCACUGAGUGGAUAUGAAUGAUGAAGAAUCACUGCUACUCCUUUAUUCCAUUCUCUGCUUUCUCAGCUCCUUUGUGUAACUGUUUCUGUCCUGUUUCUAUCUUAUGUCUGUACCUGCUUUUAUUCUUUGUAAUAUUAUAACAUAUAUUUUUCCUUUUAGUCUGUACUGUUGGUGCAUAUCCUGUGUGUAGCUAAUUUAACUGCUCAACAACACACAAAAAUGUACAUUGUGAAAAGAAAUAAAAGCUUUUUUUUUA